AUGGAUGCCGUAUCUCAAACAUUUAGCAGUUAUAAAUGUGACUCAAGUUCUUCUGAAAACAGCUCAUCUGAACCAUCUAGUACUCCAGAGAAAAGAUCUCACAUUCCAGAGGCAACUCCAACAUACUCAGAAACAAGUGAAGUCUUUGGUGAAGCUGCUACAUGGGGCAAGGGAGUAUACAAAGCUUUCAACGGCCGCAUCUUUUCCUUUGAGUCUUCGUGCGCAUACACUUUCUGCCGUGACUGUGCCGACUCAGGAGGAGACUUCAACAUUGAGAUCAAAAGGAACAAUGACAGCGAGAUUGAGGAAAUAAAAGUUCUGAUCGACAAUGUUGACAUCUCUAUUUCGGGCAAUGAUAUUUUAGUUAAUGGAGAAAGGGUACAGAUGCCUUACAGUAAUAAAAUGGUUCACAUUAAGAAACAAGGAGAACACAAUGUUUUGAACAGCCAUAGAAGAACCUUGUCUUUAAUGUGGGGCAAAAAGAAGCUCUCACUCACUCUUCAUAGCCAUUAUGAAACUUGUGGCCUUUGUGGAAACUUCAACACCACUCCAGGUCAAGAUAUUAAUGAGCACAUUGCCAAUAGUAAAAUUCCUGGUGACUGUCCCAGUGCUCUUAGGAAGAACACUGAAGUGUGUGAAGAUGGAUUCCAGUCCUGCAAUAAAAUGAUUGCAACCUAUUUUGAGAAAUGUGGAAAAGUUUCUCCACUGGCCAGUGAGUACAAAGCACUCUGCGUCGAUGAGUACUGCAGAAACAAAGGCAAGAUGUUGGCCUGCAACACCUACUCAGAGCUGUCCCGCCUGUGCACUGCUGAUGGUCCUGGCAUCUUUGAACACUGGCGAGAUGAUUUGGAUGUGGUUUGUGAAAAGCCUAAAUGUCCAGCAAAACAUAUCUACAAAGAAUGUGGACCCUCCAACCCUCCAACUUGUUCUAAUGUAGCUCCUUUUCAAGACAGCGAGUGCGUGAGCGGCUGCACCUGCCCGGAAGGUUACCUCUUGGAUGAUAUUCGAGAUAAAGGAAAAUGUGUAUUAAAGGAGAAAUGUCCCUGUGAAUCUAAUGGACAAGCGUACCAGGCAGGGGACGUCCGAGAAGGCCCCUGUGGCUCCCAGUGCACCUUCCAAGAAGCUAAGUGGUCCUGCACUGAGGCUUUAUGUCCUGGAAGAUGUAAAGUGGAAGGAAGCUUAUUUACCACUUUUGAUGAUAAUAAAUUCAAUCAUCCUGGAAACUGCCACUUCUUGGCCAUCCAUAAUGAAGAUUUGUCUGUUAGUGUUGACCUUCAUCCGUGUGCAAAUGGUCAGACAGGAUCAUGCUUAAAGAGUGUUAUGCUUCUCCUGAAUUCUUCUACUUCAGGUAACAGAUUUGUCUUCAAUAGUGACGGAACAGUCACAAAGGAUGGAGUUAGAAUUCAAGGUUAUUACUACUCAGAUGAAAUACAGAUCUUCAAUGUAUCUUCUUCAUACCGUCAAGCAGAGGUAUAUCCACAUUUAAAAAUGCAAAUACAAACUGUUCCUGUAAUGCAGCUAUAUGUAUCCAUGCCACCCAAUGAGUUCACAGACACCGUAGGGCUGUGCGGUUCCUAUAACAACAAGGCAGAAGACGAUUUCCUGUCAAGUCAGAAUAUACUGGAGACAACGGCUCAGGCGUUUGCCAGUUCCUGGGAAAUGAUGUCCUGUCCUAAAGGAAGCCCCUCUUCAUGUGUCAGCAUUGAAACAGAAAAGUUUGCUGAAAGCAGCUGUGGGGUUCUUCUUGAUUCAGGAGGGCCUUUUGCUUCCUGCCAUCAGAUUGUGAACCCCAAAUUCUAUCAUGAGGAAUGCAAAAGAUAUACUUGCUCUUGUGAAAACAGCCAAGAUUGCCUGUGUACGGUUCUGGGCAACUAUGUGAAAGCGUGCGCAGAGAAGGAGACCUACCUGGAAGGCUGGAGAGCCGGGCGCUGUGGACUGUCUUGUCCGAGUGGUUUUGUAUUCAGCUACAACAUCAAAGCCUGCAAUAGUUCUUGCCGAUCACUAUCAGAGAGAGAUAGAAGUUGUGAUGUAGAAGAUGUUCCAGUCGAUGGAUGCACUUGCCCUGAUGGGAUGUAUCAGAACAGUGAAGGGAACUGCGUUCACAAAUCCGAAUGUGACUGCUAUGUAAAUUAUGAGGUCAUGCAACCAGGCAAACUCAUCCAGAUCGAGAACAAUAAAUGCCCUAGCUUCCCAGAAAAUUGUUCGGGAGGGGCUGAGUAUGUAGAUUGCAAAGAUCCCAAGGCUCAGAGACGGACUGAUAAAACCUGUGGCACCCGGAAUAUUCCUGCUUUUGAGGGGGACUUGCCUUGCAAACGUGGGUGCUACUGUCCAGCAGGAAUGGUUCGAAAUUCUAAAGGGACGUGCGUCUUUCCUGAUGACUGCCCCUGCUCUUUCGGAGAACGAGAGUAUGAACAAGGAAGUGUCACUUCCGUUGGCUGCAACGAGUGUACUUGCAUAAAGGGAUCUUGGAACUGUACCCAAAAUGCAUGUCAAACGACCUGCCACAUCUACGGGGAAGGGCACAUUAGAACCUUUGAUGGAGAAAGCUACACUUUUGAUGGUCUCUGCCAGUAUACCUUUCUUGAGGUAAUUGUGUGUGUGUGUGUGUGUGUGUGUGGUGGUCUGUGUAUUAUAGUUGGUCUUUUUUAAAACAGCCCCAGCAGGUCUGGACCUCAUUAUGUGGACCAGCCUGGNGAAAGCAAGAGCUGUGAGCUUGACGCCAAUGCAUACUCUAUCCACACUGUCGGCCUCUACUUGAUUGUGAAACUUCUGAAUGGAAUAAUCCUAAUUUGGGACAAAUAUACAAAAGUGUCUGUGAUUCUGGACCCACAGUGGCAGGGCAAAGUGUGUGGUCUCUGUGGAAAUAACAACAGCGAUCUCAAGGAUGAUUUCACAACGAGGUAUUCAUCGGUAGCUGCUAGAGCCCUGGAAUUUGGAAAUAGUUGGAAAACAAGUCAGGAGUGCUCAGAUACUGUAACUCAAAGCUUCCCAUGUGACUCCAACCCGUACUGCAAAGCCUGGGCUGUGAAGAAGUGUGAGAUCAUCACCGACAGCACCUUCCAAGAAUGCCACAGCAAGGUGGACCCCACUGCCUACUACGACGCCUGCAUCGAAGAGGCCUGCUCCUGCGACAUGGAGGGCAAGUACCUGGGCUUCUGCACCGCGGUGGCCACGUACGCAGAAGCGUGCAACGCAGUUGGAGUCUGCGUCUCCUGGAGAAAACCAAACCUCUGCCCUGUGUACUGCGAGUAUUACAAUGCCCCUGGGGGAUGUAGCUGGCACUAUGAGCCUUGUGGUACGGUGACUGCAAAAACAUGCAAAGACCACGUCAUUGGCCAGAAGUUUUCUUCACUUUUAGAAGGUUGUUAUGCCAAGUGCCCAGAAAAUGCGCCCUACCUGGACGAGAACACCAUGAAAUGUGUUCAGCAUUCGGAGUGCAGCUGCUUCUACAACGACGUCAUUCCAGCAGGGGGCGUCGUUGAAGACGACUGUGGUAGAACUUGCUACUGUAUCGCUGGAGAGCUGGAGUGCAGUGGUAAGUCCUCACAUUUCACGCUUGUUGGUCUAAGAAAGGUUAUUGAACGGAUUGACGUUUUGACGCAGUGGCCGUUAGUUCCUGUUGCCUCAGAUCCAAAUCAGAAAUACUUGGGCAGUGAUGGCAAGGCAGCCACACAGUUUGGAGGAGCAUCAAAUCCUGCUGAACCCACAUCUAGUGAGGAAGAAGGCACCACAUCCAGGGAGCUGAGCCCUGGAGCCACAAGCCAAGGAAACACAGAUGUCACUGCUUCCUCGGAAGGUACAGAAGGUCUUUCUGCACACACGUCUUCUGGUGAAGGAGGCAGCACACCCAGGGCACCCAGCACUGCAGCUACAAGCCCAGGAGCCUGGGUGACAACCCCCCGGACGUCAUCUGGGGCAACCUCUGUAGUAGCACUGGGCAGUACCACAUACACACCUGGUGUUGAAGGCAGCAUGCCCAGGGGAAACAACAUUGAAGCUACAAGCUCUGGAAGUCCAGUCUCAACUGGAGAAUCUGAUGGGCUUACUUCAGGAGUGGGCAGAGGAAGCACACCAGGAGCAUCUGGCACUGGGGACACCAGCAGUGGAAACUCACCAGGAACAAGUGUAAGAGCCAGUGCCGUCACCAGGGGAGCUGCAGAUGGAAACUCAUCUGGGAGAACAGAAACACCUGUGGCAUCAUCAGGCGCAACCCCCGGAGAAAGCGUCAUUGGAGGCACCACUUCUGGUAAGAUCCAACGUGCGGGAGGAACUUUAGAGUCUUCUGCGUCCACAUCUCUUGACAAGCAAGGCAGCACACCAAGAGAAACCAGUAGCGGGGCCACAAGCCAAGGUCACUCAGGUACAAGUGCAGAGUCUGUGCAAGUUACCUCAGGAGCAGACAGGGAGGCCACACAAGGAGCCCCAGGCACUGGAUCCACCAGCACUGGAAAUCCAGCAGGAGCAAGUGGAGCGACAGGUGCAGCCACCAAGGGACCUGCUGGGGGACGCACAUCUGGAGGAGCAGCCUCUGGAGCCACAGGUGUCAGCGGCCCUGAACCUGCCAGCAGUGGAGCCCCAGGUACUGACAAGUUCCAGGAGGCAGGUGAUGCCCCGGCAGCAGGCCCGAGUCCCUACUGCAACUGCCAACGACCCACAAACCAGCCUCUAAGCUCACCUGGGACAUCUUCUGGAGCAACCUCUGGGGUGGCAGGCACAGCAGCGACAGGUCGUGGUAAGAUCCAGGGGCUGGGUGAUGCCAGAGCAGCUCCCCUCCAUGCCCUGCUGUUCACUGUGUUCCUGGGAAACAUUAGAGUGUCUGUGGGGUCGACCACUGCCAACCCAGGAGCAUCAGCCAGGCCAGCCACAGCCACUGCUAGUGGCAGACCAGAUGAAAGGUUUGAGCCGAGAGCAGCUGACCUGACGGCCUGUCAGAGUCCCGACGUUCCCCUGCUGUUCUCCCCAACAGGCAGCAGUGCCCUGAGCCUUGGCCAAACAACGGGAGCCUCAAGCAGCGACCUGACCCCGGCCGAAGACAAGUCGGAAAAAGCCCUAGAGUCCAUAGUCAAAACAACAGUAGCAAUGACAGGAAACAAAAACAUAAAUGAUACAGAAUUCAUAGAAGCACUAGGCGGCUCCACUGCACCAAUACGCGCUGGUGAGGAGCAUAGCACGGCCAGAGAAAACAGUCCUGGAAGUCCACGUCAAGGAGACUCAGGUUCGGAUGAAAAGUCUCUGGAAACAACGUCGGGAGCAGGCGGGAGAAGCACGCCUGGAAGAUCUGGAGCCUCGAACGGUGUGUCAGCGUCAGGAACAAGUGGAGCGACAGCUGCAGCCAACACGGGAGUGGCUGGGGGACGCACAUCUGGAGGAGCAGCCUCUGGAGCCACAGGUGUCAGCGGCCCUGAACCUGCCAGCAGCGGAGCCCCAGGUACUGACAAGUUCCAGGAGGCAGGUGAUGCCCCGGCAGCAGGCCCGAGUCCCUACUGCAACUGCCAACGACCCACAAACCAGCCUCUAAGCUCACCUGGGACAUCUUCUGGAGCAACCUCUGGGGUGGCAGGCACAGCAGCGACAGGUCGUGGUAAGAUCCAGGGGCUGGGUGAUGCCACAGCAGCUCCCCUCCAUGCCCUGCUGUUCACUGUGUUCCUGGGAAACAUUAGAGUGUCUGUGGGGUCGACCACUGCCAACCCAGGAGCCUCAGCCAGGCCAGCCACAGCCACUGCUAGUGGCAGACCAGGCAGCACUGCCCCGAGCCUUGGCCAAACAACGGGAGCCUCAAGCAGCGACCUGACCCCGGCCGAAGACAAGUCGGCAGAACAGUUUAAGAAGUUGUACCUCUCAGUGGUAACAAAAAUCAUGCAAACUUUGAGCGUCCCUUUGAUGUUUUCUCAGGCUCUGCAGAAACAUCAGCUCCUGUCACCUCUGUCUCUGGAAGUGCGGGGACCACAGGAAUCUUGA